GCAGUAGAUUCAGGACUGAGGGUUUGAGGCCGUGUAGUCCCACGCCGCCCUUGUUUUGUGGUUGAGGAAACCAGGACCGCUGAGAGCGGUUCAGUGACUUGUCCACGGUCUCCAAGUCAAGAAGCAGAAUCUGGCCUCGGACGCCAUAGCCGGGGCACUCCUCACUCUGCUUUGCUCAUCAGUAAAACGAGGGUAUUGGACUAGAUGACCACUAAAGGACCCAGCUCCAAAAUCAGUGACCCUGCUUGUGUGUCUCCUCCUUUGUCUGGUGGUGUGGAUUCUCUGAUUCCCUUCUCUGAAGGAAGAAACUCCAAACCAGCUAAGAAGAAAAGAUAGAAGCCAUGUUUCGAAGACCUGUUUUACAGGUAGUUCGUCAGUUUGCAAGACAUUACUCUGAAGGAACUACCAGUUUAGUUCUUGAACGAUCUCUUAAUCGUGUCCAGUUACUUGGAAGAGUUGGUCAGGAUCCUGUUCUGAGACAGUCAGAAGGAAAAAAUCCAGUCACAAUCUUUUCUUUGGCCACAAAUGAGAUGUGGCGAUCAGGGGAAAGUGAGACAUCUCAACCGAGUGAUGUCAGCCAAAGGACCACAUGGCACAGAAUAUCAGUUUUCAGGCCAGGCCUGAGGGAUCUGGCCUAUCAGUAUGUGAAAAAAGGGGCUCGAGUUUUUGUAGAAGGGAAAAUAGACUAUGGUGAAUAUGUGGAUAAAAACAAUGUGAGACGACAAGCCACAACAAUCAUAGCUGAAAAUAUCAUAUUUCUGAGUGACUACAUAAAAGAGAAGGAGUGAAAUGGACGACUCAUACAAGGCCAGUGUUGGGACAUCCUCAUUUUGAAAUCAUGUAUAAUCUUUGGAAUUGCUUUUGACAAGAAUUAAAAUAACUUUUACAUAAAUAUA